AUGGAACCACCAACUUUAACAAACAAAGUUCCAAACUAUCACAUCUCUGAAGACGUUAAAAGUGAGUACGCAACGGAAAUAAGUGAAUGGAUAGCACAGGGAUGGCUGAAACUAUUUGAAGGGAAAUAUAAUGGCAUCAUUUCGUUGAUGGCAGUAAUUCAACGAAACAAAUUAAAAGUAAGUCUGGUGAUGGACUACCGGGAGCUGAAUCAAUUUGUAUCCAGUCAUACUGCAGAUGGCGAUGUUUGCAGUACUAAACUUCGCAACUGGAGAAAGUUGGGAGAAAAUCUUGAGAUAAUCGAUUUAAAAAAAGCGUACCUGCAGAUUCGUGUCGACGAAGCAUUAUGGAAAUAUCAAGUUGUGGAAUAUGAAGGGCAGCGAUAUUGUCUAACAAGAUUGGGUUUUGGUUUAAAUGUGGCGCCCAGAAUAAUGACAAAAAUCUUAAAAAAGGUAUUAUCCAUAGACAAAAUUGUCGGGUCUGGGACGGAUUCAUUUAUUGAUGACAUCAUUGUCAAUAAUAACAUAGUGUCAAGUUGUAGAGUUCAAGAACUCUUGAAAAAAUAUGGCUUGGAUUCUAAGCUGCCAGAAAAACUUGUCGCAAUUUGGUUGCGCCCUUCGUGCAGCUAUCUAAAAAGAGUUUCGAGUAGUUGUGGAUGGGACACGUUGGUGAACGAUCGUGUUGUCAAAUUAGUAAGAAGUUUAAAUGAAAGACUUACAAAGGAAGAUCCCGUUCAUGGGUCAUGGAACGUAAAAAACACUUCUGAAGCAACAGUGUGGCGCGAUGCAAGCAGUUUAGCUGUUGGCAUAGUUCUGGAAGUAGCUGGGGAAAUAGUAGAAGACUGCUCGUGGCUGAGAAAACAAGAUGAUGCGGCUCACAUUAAUCUCGCAGAGUUAGAAGCUGUGAUAAAAGGAAUCAAUCUAGCAACAAAAUGGGGAUUUGAAUGUAUUACCAUAAAGUGUGACUCGGCUACUGUUGUUGGCUGGUUGAAAUCCUUAAUCAUCGGUGACAAACCCAUUCGAGUACACAAUCUUGGAGAACCACUUGUCCGGUUGUCGUUAAUUGAAGACCUUGUGAAGGAGUGUGGUAUACAAUUAAAACUUUUCCUGGUUAAGUCAGCAGAAAAUAAAGCCGAUGCUCUUACGAGGGUAUCACAGAAUUGGCUGCAUUUAAACUAUUCUGCAAUGACAGCAAAUCUUGUACCGCCUGAUGUUAAGUCGUUUCAUAAUCUUCAUCACUUUGGAGUAAGUCGAACCCUUUAUUUGAUGAAACAGACAUAUAAGAAGGAGAAAGUUUGUAGAAAAGACAUUGAAUCAGUCGUAAAAAGUUGUGAAAGAUGUUUAUCAGUAGAUUCUGCUCCAAUCAGAUAG